CAGGUGCACCACAUCUACAAAAACAUCAGAAACACCGAGCUGAUCAACCAGACCUGGUCCAAAAAAAAGGAUCAAGCGCCUGUGAUAGGACAGAUCACAGCCCUCUUCAACCAAUGGAGUGCGUGGGCAAUUCGGCUCAUCCUCAGCGGCGGCAGUCCCGAAAUCAGGGGACGCGCAAUCGAGAAAAUAGUUGAGGUGGGUGACUGA